AUGGGCGAUGAGGCGGAAGACCGCCACCACAGCAAGGAGGAGGAAAUCAUGGAGAUCAGAUCCCUGCGCCGCAUCAUCAGUGCGUACCUCAAGUGAGUCGGAGGCCUGCCCCACCUUUUCCUUGCCUCCAUCCCGAUUUCCCCUCUCUUUACUCCUUUGUUGUGGUUCCACCGCUGCUGCUGUUAGUCUUCGUUCUUGUUACUCCAGGAGGAUGGAGUCGUGGUUAUUUGACGUAUGGAAUUGUUUCUCCUUGGUAAUUGGUCGUUGUUAUGGUUGAGGAGGGGAUGGCCGUCGGCGUGUUAGAAUUUUUCGAUAGGGUAGUGUAUGUGGAAUGGAGAUGAAGCGAGUAUCAUAAUGGAGGCAAGUGUUUGUUUAUGAUCGUGGUUCCACUCAUUCGGCGUCUACAUAUGUUAACUUUAUGCAAACAAAACUAAUGUCUUGGUAGGAGGAAUUGUCGUCUUGAGCUGAUUGUAAGGAACUGUUAUGUAACUAGUACUUUAAUAUAUUGAAUCGAAAGCGUCACUCUGACCAGUGUACGUGUCAUGGUUUUUUUUUAUUGAGUAACAAAAUAGAUCGUAGUUGACUGAAGAUAAAACAGAUUUAGAGGAAAAAAAAUUCGGUACGGGUGGUAAUGACACAUCGUAGAAGGCAUAGUGAAUGAGCAUCCGAAUAGGUGAUUUUCUUAUGUGAACGUUGCUGUAUCAUAGUGCUCUGAACGCAUUAUGGAUUCUUAUAUUAACGGUAUUGAGGAGAUAGAUGCCCAUGAAUGACUAGAUUCUUACAAGUAGUUCCGAAAUCUACUUAUAUGUAUCCCAUAAAGAAUUAACGGAUGAGAGAAGCCAAAGGAUGAGGCCUACCAGCAUUCUAGUCCAUGCAGCUUGCUUGACCCUGGGAGAAAAAUUGAAUUUAAAGGUCAGAGAGGUCGAGUUACAUAGCUGAUGUUGUGGGCUGCUUGAUCAUGUUCCAAGCUAUCAGAGCGCAAGCACAUGGUACUGCUGUAGCUGAAGUUGGUGAAUUAGUAGCAAUGGGUUUGGCUUCUGGUUGUUGAGUAUACAAUACAAUCAACCCGUCCUUUGACCCAAAAUGGUUCAGUUUUACACAGAGAUGGCCACCAGCUGUGGGUUUGGUUGGCCCAGUUCUUGCUCCAGGAAGUGAUACCAUCGUUCUUCAUCCAUCCGCUCAGAAUGUAAGAAGAUGGGUAUGGUCUUUCCUGACGCUCCUUUUCCAUAAGUAUGAAGGGAAAAGGACGGAUUUUGGGUUGUCCAUUUUCUGUCCCAAGAUUGCAUUCCAUUAUCUUUACGCAGUUAUAUCUUGAUGUUUUCUUUAGGAUUACAACUUGGAGAUCGUACGAGGGUUAUUUGUUUGGUAAUUUAUCAGUGAGUGGACAAAUCAGCAUAUUGCUGAAUUGCUGGACUUUAGACUCUUUAUUUAGCACUACAGUAUCAUGCAAGCGUGCUUAUUCACGAAUGAGAAAACGCUAGUGUCGGUUUCAGUGAGCAAGUCUUCAGGGAAUAAAAUGGAGUGUUCAAUCAGUCUCACAUAAGAGGAAAAAUGAAUUGCACGGGUGAAAAUCAUCCUAAUAGAUUAUUUGUUCAUAAUUUCUUAGUGAGGAUUUACUAUCAGCUGGUCUUAUAUACUUGUCACCUGUUUGCCAUUUAUGAAUUAUAAUCCAGCUUCUAUGGAAAGGGAAUGGCACUCCAUUGUUGCUUUUGCAUAUCUAAAGUCAUAUUUUGUAUCGUGCCACAUUUUCUUGUGUUCUCAUUUUUACGUAGGAUUGAACUUUUUAGAUGUUUUUUUAAUUGUGUAUGUCAUCCCCAAUGUCCGAAACUUCAUUUGAUUUGAUUUGAUUUGAUUUGAUUUGGCAUUUUGUCAGUAAUUCAGACUGAGGAUAUUUUCCUGCCUGGUCACUGUAUUUUAUAUCAUACGUUGUAUUAUUUUUCAUUUUUCCUUUUAUCAUGUGCGUGAGAAUAUGUAAUCAUUAGAAUAGUUUUAAUAUAGGAAUUACCUUUUGCCCAUUGUACCAAAAUUUUGAUUUAUACGCUAAUUCAGUUGUGAAAUUUUAGUGGGAAUGUGUUGAUCCUCAAACAUUCCCUGUUUUUUUUUUUAAUAUUUUUCAGUUAUUCAGAUGCUGCUGAGGCGGAUGUUAAAAGAUACGAAAGUUCCUUUAAGAAGCUCUCAUGUUCACACAAGGUAUCUUGAUUCUUGGAUUUUUUAAUUUCUGUUUUAUUUAUGUGCCACUUUCGUGCCUAUAAUGAUCAACUAGUUGGAAAAUAGGUCUAUGUGAAGGAAUACAUGUUAGUAUGUUAGUUGCCACUUAUCAUUCAUGUUGUGGCUGUGGGUAUAAGAAUUCUGUAGGAAUUUAUUUUAUUAUUUUAGAUGAAGGAUAACAUCGUAUUGCAAUAGUAAUAUAUUUUUUGUACUUUUGCAGGCACUUCUUUCUCAUUUACCUUCAAAAUUUCAGAAACUUAGGCGGUAGGUAAUCCUUGUGUACAUUUGAGGGCAAACUGAGCUUGAGAUAUCAAGGAAGACUGGAAGAAUCUUCUUACAUUUUAGUGCUCUGGUGUUCGUUCUUUGCCUUUUUUUUUUUCCUCUUCAAAUAGUAUUAUGCAUAAGCAUUUAUUCUUUGUGGCAAAUGAAUUGACUUCUAAUUUUCUGGUUGAUUGUGAUGAUUGCUUUGGAUUAGGUCUUGGAGUUGAGAUAUCUUUAUAUAAAACACAGUUGUUAGAAGACUGACCCCCUCUCUAGGAAAGGAGAAGAGGACAUGUAAUCUUUCCAAUUUUGACAUGUUUCCUGUGGAGCUGGUAUACGUUCUUAGACAAGAGUAAAAAAAAAAUAUAUGUUGAACGACAUCUUUUGUUAUGAUGUCCUAUUGACACAGGUGUAGGAUGAUUUUUUUUUGUUAAAGUGGCAUCACUUUAGUUUGGUGGUCUUACCAUCUGACGACCAUGUGCCUAAGGGAAGCAUGGACUUCUAGACACGCCUCCACUCCACUUAAAUCAAUUUAUUCUGUAGAUCUACUUUUUAACUCACUAAUUUGUUAGACAUCACCAAUCUCCUUGAAAUAAUGAUGAGAAUUUAUGUCUUUCUUUCUCUCUUAGUUAUUCUAAUGACAAAUAGUGAUUUGUUGACCAUUUAAGAUGAACAUAAUUAUUCCUCUGCGUUCGAGUGAGGAUUCCUGCUGCAGUACUUGUUUUCUGGGUUUUCUUUUCAUCAUAUAAUACUCUUUUUGCAGUUUCCGGUAGGUAUUUAGAGCAAAAAAUCUUUAAAAAAUUUAUGUGCUAGGUGAUCUUGUUUCAAACAUUAACUCAUAAUGAUGGUUCCUGAGCAGUAUGAGUUCGCUUGGAAUUAUCUUUUAUUUAUCUAAGGUUUACUUCAGUUUAUGUACUUCUGAACCAAGCUGUUGUUUUUAGAGCAUCUUGGUCAAAAACGCUUUCUUUGAAGUGCAAGCGUCUUUUCAUUCACAACAGAUCCUUACAACCUUUUGUGAUGCAAGAUAAUGCUUUCAGGCUGAUUCUAGGCUCUACUAUGUGGGCGUAUUUUUAAACAUUGAGCAGCUGGAACACAUCUCUAGUCGCUAAAUGAAGGGAGAUUGGGACAGGGAAAGGGAAAUGUAAGGAGAUAGGUAGAUGAAAGGGAAAAAAAAAGAGAGUGAGAGACAAUACUUUGGCAAACUGCUGGCAGCGUCCUCCUGAUGUUGGUAGGCGUUUGGUGAACAUAAGUUGCUUGUGAAGAUAGAUAGUCAAUGAAGGGGGGGCAUAAGAUUAAGGAUGGGGCCUAUGACUUUGUUGGAGGAUUGGAGUGCAAUAUAUGGGUAUGGAACUGAGCUGAUGAACGUUGGCAUUCAAUGAGAGAACGGAGAGCUUAGCAGGCGGGCUUACAAGGAGGAUUUAGUGAUCCAAAGGAUUUUGGAGGUGAAAAUAGUUGAGUGUAGUGAGAAGGUUUGGUGGCCUGGACUGCUUUGGUGGGUUAUGGGCUGUCUUUUGGGAGGCGUUAGAAGCUGUGCCAGUGCCUUGCAAGAGAAGAAUGGUGGGACGAGCCACCUAAGUACACAAGUUACUUGGGAAUGUCGAACUGAUAUAUGUGUCCUUUGUUUUAAACUCAAGGGAGGUAGUGACACACUCAUGCUGCAAAAACUGAUCGGACUUCUGGAGUAAGAAAUCAUGGAACUGAUGAGAAAUCAAACUCGUGACUUGAAAAAAAUGAUGAAAUUUCAUAAUUCUCACGGAGAAAACAUUGUACUAAAACUCCCUUAAUGAUUAUGACUCAUGUGAUCAUAUAGAAAGAUUUUAUGAGUAAAAUCGUGUGUAGUUUGGUACUAAGUUUGUUGUGCACUUUUUGACAUUCUCAAGUAUUUUACAAGUGCCAUAUAUGUGCUUUAGGCAUAGUGAGCUUUGGGGAGGGAGCUCUUUCUCGGAAGUUGUUAUAUUUGCACGAGUGGGAUUAUGAAAAAUAAAUAGCUGGGUAGUUUUUUAAGAAACUUCAUCCUAGAUACCUUCGGCUUCUGUUUCCAUUACGUCUAUGAGCCAUAUGAUAGGAUCAUACGGUUCUUCCAUGACUCUGCUUCCUUCUCUUCCUUCUGCUUCUGUUUCCAUUACAUCUCUGUGCUAUAUGAUCGCAUAAUAUGGUACUUAGGUUCCCCUUUCUUCAUCUUCUCGUUGGUUGCUCCUUAGAAGUUGUGCAAUUUAUUUUAUGCAGAGUUAUAUGCCAUGCAAUGUCAUUUAUAACCAUUUGGUGACUUCUGUGGCAUCAUUUUGCAGGUGUAUAUCUAUCAAUGGCUAUUUCAUCAUCAAUAUGAUACAGGUGAUCAUCCUUCACUUGUCAGUUUCUGAGUUGGCACUACGUUUUCUUACUUGAUUUACCCUCUGUAACAUGGAAUGACGGUAAUUUGUUGAUUUAUUUUUUGCAGGCAUUUGAUCCACCCGUGGACAUGAGCCAGGAUAUCGAUUUUGAUGAGCCUGAAAAUAGAGAAAACGUAAAUAGAGAUGAUACCUUGGAAAUAACAUCUGAGGUUGAGAAGAAUAUUCAAUCUGUCCAGUGGUCAACCAGGGAAUGCAACUCUGUCUCUGGAAAGGAGCAGUCAACUUUUGUGGAAAGCUACAGGAUGGCUGGUAGCUCUAAUAACAUAGAUGACCAUAGUGAGGUUGUUAACUGAGGUCAUUGGAACUUAUAAAAUAUUCCAUAGAGCAGGUCAUAGUAUUUGUUAUGAACAAUAUGGUAAAGGAUUAUAAAUGGGUUCUAUGAAUUCACUUUAAUUUCAAUAAGAUGUUUUUCUUUGAUAAUGGAUGAAAAAUUCUCUGGAACCUUUUAUGGAUAAGACCAUGUCUUCUCAGCAUCUAGUACAAUCACUUGUCCGUUGGUUUCACUGUUCAGAUUGACAAUAUAGCUGGGCAUUGCAUUGAUGCAAUAGGAGAUGAAAAUUUAAGUUUUGGAAAAAUGUGCCUACUCGCGUUUUAUCUGAUGUCAUACAAGUAACCCGUUCAGAAUUCUCAUUGCAAGUUUUAGAUGCGGCAUGAAAAUUCAUGCUUCAGUGAGUUAAUCAUUGGAUGAAUCAUGUAGGAUAAUUUUGAUUGACCUAGAUUUUUGGGUUAUAUUCUUUUUGCCUUCUGAAAACUUCUAUUAUCUUUCUUGUGAUCUGUUCAUGUAACCUAGAUUUGAGGCUAUUAGUGGCAAAGUAGUUGCUUUUUUGCUUCCUCUAGUGGAAUCGUCAUAUGAUUUUUGUGACAUAUCUGGUACUGUUUUUUCUCUGAGGUUGACAUUUACGAUCAUAAGUACUAUGCCUUUCCUUGUGCCUUUGUAGCUUUGAAACUUUCGGUGGCCAAAGUCAACCACGGGUCACAGUUUGAUGUACGUCCUUAAGCUUGCUAUAUUUUUGACACUUUAUACUUUUUCUGUCUUCUAGGCGAUCCCUUCUCCAAAUAUGUGCAAUGAUUCUUCACUUUCGUUGAAUGUGCCUUUGGUUGAUGUUGAUAAGGUACAUCAUCUUAUUUAUGUUAUGCUUCUUUACACCAUAUGACUUGAUGCUAUUUAUUGUAUUGGUUUUUUAGCUUAAUGUGUUCAACAAGCCUCCAAGGGGCAGUUAAGUGUGUUAAAAUAGAGUUUCCAAUUUCAUGCAAAAUCCGUUUUUCCUUCAAAUAUUGUCUAUGAUAUUUUCAUCUUGAAAUAUAAUUUAUAACUUAAUUCUAUUUUUUAUUUUUUUUCAUUCCUUUUUUUUUUGCUUUGAUUUGUGUUUGCAAUUGUUGACUAUGAGUUCAAGGCUGGCUUUGAGUUGAACUAUAUGUAUGAUAUUGUUUCAUAGUGCCAAACAACUAUGGACGGAGUGCAUUUUUCAUCUCUACUGGUGAGAAGUCAAUGAAUCUGCGCUGGAUGGGAAAGGUAAAGAGCAUGACACAGGAUUCGGGGCUCUAAGGCUCUUGAGUGCAAAGAUGCCGUCUUUUAUUCAGUUUCAUGUUCUCUCCUUGCUUCCAAUUAUGAUCUGAGAUUGGAGAGAUCAGUGGAGACAUCCACGUAUAGGAAUUUAAUUAAGAAAUUUAUAUUUGAUGAUCCGGAGUAAUUCAUUGGUCAGGUUUUGGAUGAAAGAGGUUGGACCAAUAUUUCCUUGUUUGUGGACAAUUUUAUAAACUACUGUAUACGGCGAUUUCACUUCUUACCUUAUUCAUUCUAAUAGAAAACAGUGGUUUAAUAUUUUUCAGAAAUAUAUUUAAGAGUUUAGAAGCACAUAUCCGUAUCUUACAUAUAUCUUUUUUUUCUUUUGAGCACUAGGUACGAUGUAUCAUCCGAAAUAUAGUGAGAGAUUGGGCUAUUGAGGUAUUCGCUAAUUUUGAUAAAUUCUACGGGGCAGUUGAUCCAAUAAAAUCCUCUCCCUUUAUCUUAUUUGGAUUAUUUCCGUAUUUCUCUCUGCCGAAUUUCCCAUAGGGUAAAAACGAGCGUGACGAAUGCUACAAGCCAAUUCUUGAGGAGUUGCAGCGCUUAUUCCCUGUUCGAAGCACAGAUAGGUAACACUUUUUUUCCUAGUGUCACUCAUAUGUAGUGAAUAACUCUGUCAUUAGAAAUCAGUGUGCAUUGUUCCAGAUAGGGGAAUUAAUGGGUUAAAUACAUAAAAGAGGAUGUUGAUUUUUCAUUACAAAUCGCUUUAAAUACCUUAAAAUAUGAGUCUUUACAUGUAGUAGAUACACUUUUGCAUUAGUUAAUGAUAUAUCCUGCUUAGAGAAUGGUAAGAAUUUAAAUGUUGCACUGCAACUGGAUUGUCUAUUCCCUGACUUUGCUUUUACAUAUCAUUAUUGUUUGAUAAGAAGAGUAAUUUUCAUGCUUUCAUCUCAUCAGAAGUGGAGAGAAUCUCUUGGUUCUGUAUGAUUCCUUCGUUUACCUCUUCAGCCCUUGUUAUUUUUCCUUUGUGAAGCUUGUGAUUUCGAGGGUCAUUGCACACUUGCUGUUUACAGUUUUCAUUGAGAUGAGGCUGCUUAGGAGAAACUGUCGAAGACUGACCCAAUUGAAAAAGAGAACAAAAAUUACCUCAUCCAUUAUUGUAAACUUCAUCUCAUCCAUGGGGAGCAACCAGUUAACCGUUUUCCUUAGCAUUUUAGAGGAUUUUAAUGACCGGUUGACCCAUCUCACUCGUCACAAGUUGAUUGUCAUGAUGCUUAUUCCUUGGUGAAUUGAUGCAAAUAUUUUGUGGAACUGAAAAUAAUACUCUUAUUAUCCUCAUUAUAUGAGGGAAACAGCUGCUUACCCCUUUUUUUAUUCACAGGCCUCCUCAUUGUCUAGUUCCCGGAGCUGGACUUGGCAGGCUUGCACUGGAGAUUUCUUGUCUUGGUAAAAACAAUAUUCAGUAACUCUUAACCGCUUCUAGCUCCUUUCCCCCUCUCCACUUCUCCCAUAUCAUUUGACUCUCCAUUGUGCUUUACAGGAUUUCUCUGCCAAGGAAAUGAAUUUUCAUAUUAUAUGAUGAUCUGCUCAAGUUUCAUUCUCAAUCAGUAAGAGAGCCGAAACUUUCUGUCUAUAUUUCAUUCUCCAUUGUCUAUAUUUCCUUGAUUUCUUGUACCUUGUAUCUUAUUGUGUAGCACUCAAGCUGCCGGAGAGUGGACAAUCUAUCCCUGGAUUCAUAACAAUUGUAACGUUCUCUCUGACGAUGACCAGCUUCGGCCAGCCAUGUUUCCAGAUAUUCAUCCAGCAAGGUGAUAUGCUUAUGUAUGUUAGAAUGUGCUUUUCAUCUCUAGUCUUCCUUCUUCUCCUGAUCAGAUGCAAUCUCACUCUUCAUUUAUCUGAUUUGAUAUAUUCGGCAGUAAUUGGAUAAAUAGGUGAAGUGUCUUGUAAUCUGAUUUGUUGACAAAUUUGUGACGGUCAAAAUUUGAGGCACUGAGCACAUUUCUUAUCUGUAUUUUUUAUGGUCAAAGGUCCAGUUGUUACACUACCAAGUUCAUGCCAUUCGGUUACAUCAUGUUGCUAUUUGCUAUCAUUGAUGUCAUACUGACGGGGGGGGGCAUGCCAUGCACGUGACUGAUAUUAAUAGCAAUCACCAAAUGCCAAUUUGAGCGUAGGUUGACCAACUAAAUGCAUAUCCUCUUUGAUUGGUCACAGUAAAGUUUUGUUGCCUUGAAAACCGGACUUUGAUUGUGGGAAGUAUGGAAACUUCCUCUGAGCAGGUUGACCGUUUAUGAUAAAGAUAAGGAUUGAGAAUGAUUAUACCUUGAACAUGCGGCUGAAGGAUUGUGACUGACGAUCUUGGAGUGAAAAGCCCACUAUCUAUGCUCUUCUCGGAGCAUGUAGAGAUCCCCACACGGCCCAAGUUCAUUCUAUACGGACCCAGUUUCUCCCUGGAGGGCCUUCACGAUGCUCUUGGAGUUUGAUUUUCUGAGAUCAAGUUUAGCCUACUAUUUAUAGGCGCACAACAUGAGGCAUUCGAAGGGUUGCUCUUACAUCCAGCCUAGAGGUCCCAUCACCUCCCAUAAUUAAUGGGCUAAAAGUAGUGAGAGUAGUUGGGGUAUCUUAUAGUAUUCAAUAGCCCCUAAAUACCUCUAGAAACCACCAAAAUAGUCAUAAAUAACUUGGACUUGAUGACCUACGAAAGUCAGCAAUCACCAAAUCCAGCCAUUAAUAACAUGUAGAAGACAGAAGAGGGAGACUUUCAUAGACUCGGAGAAACAGGAUAAGAGAGAACAGUCUGAACCUGGAGAGGCAGGAGAUCCUCUCAAAUCCCAUCCCCACCCCCCACUUCUCUCGUCCCUCUCCAGUUCGAUAGAACCAUGAUUCUGGCCUUGUAUCAACACUACAGUGCUUCGUUCUGAUGGCAGGAGAUUCUCUCAAAACCCAUCCCCACCCCCACUUCUCUCGUCCCUCUCUCCAGUUCGAUACAACCAUGAUUCUGGCCAUCUAUCAACACUACACUGCUUCGUUCUGAUCCGAUCCUUCCAAAGAGGGUCGUAUAUUUGAGCUCUUUUAUUGUUGUAAAUAUUCGAACCUUCUUACUCAUUCAUCGUGGCUGAUUGGAUCCUACAAACAGUGCAGGCAUUACUGAAGGCUUUUCAAUGUGUGGUGGUGAUUUUGUUGAAGUAUACAGUGAUGUCAGCCAAGAAGGUACAUAAAAUGACUAACGAUUGGUAUGCAAAAUGGUUGCAAUUUGCGUUAAUUAUUAUCAUUAAAUCAUAAUACUACUUACUACUCAUUUCUGUAGAAGUGGGGAUUACUACUUUUAACUGCUGCUAUAAAAAGGCACUAAAAGUGUGAAUUUUUGCGUCCUAUAAAUAAAGCAUGUGAAUGCCUGAUAUAAUUAAAGCAAAUAUUAAAAGGAUUAGGGCUUUCAAGGAGAUAUUGAAUGUUGUCCAGACCAGUAUGGCACUGUGACUCUUGGGAGCCCAGAUUGCAUCAGAUAGGUCCUUCACUGAGGAUCAGAGGAAACCCAUGUGUUACGAGAUACAAUGGAAGCACGAAAGGGAAAACUGACUUAGCCCUUCUCAGGGCAAUACACCAGUAUUUAUAUUGGCGUCUAAUAAACCUUUUCAGUAUUACGGAAAGGCCUAAUAAUAGAAACACAAAAAAGGAAGUACAUCCAAUAAUAGAAGGAAAGCCUAAUAUAACAAAAUUUGUCCUGCGUAACACUCCCCCUCAAGCUGAUGCGUGGAUAUCAUGCAUGCCCAGCUUGCUCCUUUGAUUGCAGAACUUUGUUGCAGAAAUGCCCUUAAUUAAUAUAUCAACCAACUGAUUUGUAGAUGAGACAUACUCUGUGCAAAACAUCCCUGAUUCAAGUUUCUCUUUAAUGAAAUGUCUAUCUACUUCAAUGCGUUUGGUCUUGUUAUGUUGAAUAGGAUCAUGUGCAACACUUAUUGUAGACUGAUUGUCAUAGAACAAGGUAAUCGAACCUCCAUAAGUGCUUCGGCACUUGGGCUUUAAACAUGACAACCCUUGUUAUUUUCAGCAGUUGUUCAAUCUUUCUUUCAGCUACCACAUUUUGCUGGGGUGUACAGGGGCAAGAAGAUUUAUGAACAAUGCCCUCCUCACCAAAGAAAUUGGAGACAAUAGAAUUGAAAAAAUCCUUAGCAUUAUUUGAUCGGAAUUUCUUAGGAGUUAUACUGAACUGAUUUUGAAUUAGCUUGAUAAACCUCUGAAUGACACUACUAGCUUCUGAUUUUGUUUUCAUUAGGUAAAUCUAUGUGAACCUAGUAUAGUCAUCUACAAAGAUGAUAAACCAUCUGAAGUCCCUAACACCACUAGAUGAAGAAGGACCUCAUAUAUCAGAAUGUACUAUGUAAAAAGAGGAUUCACUUUUAUUUCCAGCAGAGGGAAAUGCUACUUAGCCACUUGACAGAGUUCACAUAUGAAAGUAGAUUCACCAAUUGCACAACAUAAUUUUGAAAACAAGUAUCGAAGUACUUUUAUGGACAGAUGUCCUAAACGACAAUACAACAACAACAAUUUGUUCAAGGGAGAAGCAGAAACAAAAAGUGAAAAUGUUUGGAUUGAAAUUCGUCAACAAUGUCUUGUCCAUACGCCUUGUGUAGCAGAGUUCAUCUCGUGCUCUAACAUGCCCAAUCCUCUUGCCCGAGGUCUUGUCGUAGAAGAAACAGAAAUGAUUGUCAAAUAAUAUCAGACAAUUCAAGUCUUUACCCAAUUUUCUCAAUGACAAUAGAUGUGCAUUCAAUCUUGGAACAUGAAGAACAUAUCUUAAUGACCCCAAUUUCUCAAGAUGAAUUGAUCUAAUGCUAGUUAUGGGUAACAAAUCCCCACUUGUAGUAAUAACCUUUCGAUUAUUGGUACAUAAUAUGUUAUGAACUGUGAUGCAUAUGGUGUCAUAUGAUCAGUAACUCCAAAAUCAAUGAUCUGUGACACUUUUUAGGGUGAAGGUGAUGCCAAUGAUGAGGUAUUUAAGCAUAAUGAAAAACGUUUAGGAAAAUGCUUACAUGUGCAAGGGAAGUGGAGUUGAUCAUGCUCCUCAAUUGUUCAAUUUUUUAUCUGAGCUUUCCAAUCGUUGAAGGCUGAGAGGAAGUAGAUCCGUCUUGACUAGCUCCUCUUUGUAUCAUGGGCUCAACACCAUCUUCAUUUUGAGCAUUAGCUAAAUGCAACUUACCAUAAUUUAGUGGUUUGCCAUGGAUCUUCCAGCAUGCCUCCCUAGUGUGACGAUUUUUUCUACAAUAAGUGUAAAAAAUAGGCAUCCCUUCAGAUCAGUCUUAGGAUCUCUUUUAAUGAAUGGUACUUUACUAUCCCCCUUUUUGAAUACCAGUAUCUUUACCCUUGAGAACAUUGAAUGCAGCAUUUUCUAUCUUUAAAUCAUUUCUCAAAUUUCUAGUAUUUUCUUUUUAUCUGGUUAAUGCAAUUGCCUCUUCAAUAUUUAGUACUACUUCCUGAGCAAGGAUCUGAUUUACUAGAGUCUCAUGUUCUAGAUUUAACCCCAUCAGAAAUUUAUACAGCCUGUCUUUCAUAAUAUAAUUUCGUUCUUCAGUAUCAAGGUUCUUGAUUGGUCUUUAGUGGUUGAUUUCUCUCUAUAUGGAUUCUAAUUUGCAAACAUAUUUCAAAACAGGCAAUGUUUUAUGUACUAAAGUCAGAGAUUUCUGUAUUAAUCUAGAAAUUUGGGAUUUGUCAUGUUUAGUAGAGUGAACAUGACGAACUUUGUCCCAUAGUUCCUUCACAGAUAUCAAAAAAAGAAAUCUAUCACUUAUCUUUGGUGAAAUAUUGUCUAGCAUCCAAUGUUGAAUCAAUUCUUCUUCUUCUUUUCAUCAAGAAUAUCUUGGGUUGAUAAUACUUGGCAAAGAUUGCAUCAGGUGACAAUCUAGAUUCCUCCUUCGUAGAAUAAGUUCCAGAUAUGAUGUCCAUUGGAACAAAUUGAUUCCGUCAAAUUAGAAUCUCUCAGCAAUUUUAGGUAGAUCUGAACAUACCUUAAUUACUUCCAAUGAAUGUCUUAGGCCAGAGGAGGAAGAUUCACUGACCUUUGUCUCCAUGUUCUUCAGCCGUGACUAGAUAACCAAAAAAAAUCUCAAACAGAGAUUCCAUGAUGUGGUCCGAAUAACAGUUUCUGUUCAAGAAAUUGAGGAUAACUGCCACUAUCAAGAAAUGACAAUGGUGUAUUCACAGAUAUCCACCGCCAUCAAGAAAUGACGACAAUGUAUUCAUAGACGUCCUGCCACUGUCAAGAAUUGACGAUGGUGUAUCUGUAGAUGUCCCCCACCGUCAAGAAAUGACGAUGGUGUAGUGACUCUCUAAGGAAUUUGCUGGUCUACUUACAACCAAGAAACUCACGAGUUUAGAUACUGCAGACAUGAAGAAGAUCACCAGGUGACACUCCCUACAGCGUGGAGUCAUUGUCGCCACCAAGGUUGGUUGAUCUUCUGUCGGCAGUCUUCACGUAGGAUUAAAGAGAAAGCUCUGAUACCCUGUUACGAGAUAUAACAGAAGCUGGAGAGGGAAAACUGACUUAACCCUUCUCAAGGCAGUACACCAGUAUUUAUAUUGGCGUCUAAUAAAUCUUUUCGGUAUUACGAAAAGGUCUAAUAACAGAAACAUGAAAAAGGAAGUACAUCUAAUAAUAUCAAAAAGAAAAAUAAAAGGAAAGCCUAAUAUAGCAAAACUUGUUCUGCAUAACACUAUGGACAAAACUUAAAAUGAUAACCAAUGUGAAGAUCUUGAGUUUUUUUUUUCUUUUUUUUUAUUGAGGGAGCUUUUCUCAUAGUAGAAGUAAUUAAAUUCGUAUUAGUAUGUUGAGUCAUAGUAUGGUUCACCAAAGCUACAAAACUAUGAUAUGCAAAUAAUUAACCAUGCUUUGUUAUUGUUAUUGGCCGCACAUCAUUUAUCUGACAAGGAAAGAUUCUGAUACGAUCCCUCUCUUAUUCACAGAUGACGGUAUUUAUAUUGUUCAGCCUGUUCCUAUCCCAGUGUUUACUAUAGAAGUUUCUAGACUGUUCUUUUCUGACAAACAUUUGUCUUUAGGGGGUACCGUAUCAGAUUCAUUGUUUUCUUUUCAACAUCACCAUGUUCCCUCUUCACUCAAUUUUCUCGUUUCCAGAUUGUUUGGACGAUCUUUCAGGGAUCGAGAUGCUUUUUCUACGGAUAACAUUGAUCUUCUGAUCUCCCCACCGCAGGGACCUGGGAUGCUGUGGUGACUUGCUUCUUCAUUGACACGGCCCAUAAUGUUGUGGAGUACAUCGAAAUCAUAUCAAAAAUCCUGAAGCCCGGAGGGGUAGGUUUCAACCCUGGCUUCCUGUAAUAUCAAUAUGAAUCGUGUGCUCACACCACCUCAGAAUCAUUUCUCUCUCUCUCUCUUUCUCUCUCGCUCUCUCUCUCUCACUCUCUUUCUAUGUCUCUUUCUCUCUCUCUCUCUCUCUCUCUCUCUCUCUCUCUCUCUCUCUCUCUCUCUCUCUCUCUCUCUCUCUCUCCCUCCCUCCCUCCCUCCCUCCCUCUCUCUCUCUCUCUCUCUCUUUCUCCCUCCCUCCCUCCCUCCCUCCCUCUCUCUCUCUCUCUCUCUCUCUUUCUCCCUCCCUCCCUCCCCUCCCUCCUCUCUCUCUCUCUCUCUCUCUCUUUCUCCCUCCUCCCUCCCUCCCUCUCUCUCUCUCUCUCUCUCUUUCUCCUCCCUCCAUCCCUCUCUAUCUCCCUCUAUCUCCCUCCUCUCUCUUUUCUCCUCCUCCCUCCCUCUCUCUUUCUCCCUCCCUCCCUCCCUCCCUCCUCUCUCUCUCCCUCCCUCUCUCUCUCUCUCUCUCUCUCUCUCUCUCUAUUUCUCCCUCCCUCCUUCCCUCUCUCUCUCCCUCUAUCUCCCUCCUUCCUCUCUCUCUCUCUCUCUCUCUCUCUCUCUCUCUCUCUCUCUCUCUCUCCCCCCUCCUUGUCUCUCUCGCUCUCUCACUCUCUUUCUAUCUCUCUCUCUCUCUCUCUCUCUCUCUCUCUCUCUCUCUCUCUCUCUCUCUCUCUCUCUCUCUCUCUCUCUCUCUCUCUCUCUCGCUCUCUGUCUCUGUCUCUGUCUCUGUUUCUCUCUCUCUCUCUCGCUCGCUGAACUAGUAUGGAUCAAGAUUGUUUGAACUAGUAUGAAACCGCAUGUUCCUCUCUGCUCAUUAUGAACGAUCAGUUUUCCUGUUUCUCGUGGUCAGCAGAUCUGGAUCAACUUUGGGCCCCUUCUCUAUCAUUUUGCAGAUCAAUAUGGGCCCGAUGUAAGUGUUCCGAAACCCCCCACCCCCCACCCCCUCCCCCCUUCCUUUUUCUUUUUUUUUUCAUUUGGUCUAUUAAAUGAGAUCCAUUUUCCCUCCUUCCCAUCCGCAGGAGAUGUCCGUUGAACUCAGCUUGGAUGACGUGAAGAGGAUUUCUUUUCAUUAUGGGUUUGACUUAGAGGUACGUGCAGCAGGAGAAUUUUCUUUUCUUUUUCUGGUAAUUUUCAGAAGGAACCCAAAGUGCUUAUUUUUUGGCUCUUUUGAUAAGAUGGAGCGAACAGUGGAGACCACUUACUCCAUAAAUCGUCGGUCCAUGAUGCAAGUAAGCUCAAUUCUCCUCCAAUUAAACCCUGUAGUUCUUGAAAAUUCCGACUUUGCCCUUUCCUCUCUACUUUUGGUCCUCUGCGAGCAUGCAGGAAUGUUUCUGAUCUCACUAAACAAGGUUCUAUCUUCUCUAUAUUUCUAUACAUUCCAAGAAUAAUUUUGGAAAGAAAAAAAUGCAUUCAUUUUAUAUAUGAAAUCAAUUUUCCUGUUGAGGAAAGACUAUUAAUACCUACACGUGCAUAGACUCAUACGGUUUCAUCCAUAAAUAGGGUGAGAUAUGUUUGAGAACUCAUGUGGAAAUGCACCCAAUAUUUCCGCAUCUGUAUAUAGCUUCUGAUUUCUUCCAUUCUCCACCCAUGUGGGAGGUGGGUCCUGUGUUUGACCUUUGACCGGCAUGACCUGUUAAACCUGCAGAAUAAAUACUUCGCAGCCUUCUGGACGAUGAGGAAGCGACCCCCCAAGGUAUGA